AUGGCAGAAGAGGACGGAAACUGCAAUAUUAACUUUGCAAAAUUUAGGCAAAAGCUAGAUGAGCAGCCAUUUGCUCCUUCGCAGCGAUCAAUGCUAGCCCUCCGAAUGGAACUGCUUCAGUCCUUUUUGGAUACUGACCCAAAACCGAUGGGUAAAAGGGCGGCAAGAAACACAGGCAGUAAUAGGAAAGCCAACGAAAUAUGGAAUUUCGAAAAAGGGUCAAUAACUAUUGUGGAUCUGAGCUGUCCAUUUGUGAGUACAGGGGAUGCUUGUGCCCUUUUUAACAUUUGCCUGGGUAUCUUCCUUGAUGGCCGCAGGUUAGGGAACCGCAUCGUCGCCCUAGAUGAAGCACAUAAAUUCCUCGCAGCCACCAGUGACGAAGCGCUUGUGUUGACAGAGACACUCCUAAGCAUCAUCCGUCAGCAAAGACAUCUAGGAACUCGGGUCAUCAUCGCAACGCAGGAGCCAGCGAUUUCUCCAAAGCUACUGGACCUCUGUGAUGUGAGUAUCGUUCAUCGUUUCACUUCACCGGCAUGGUAUAAGGUCCUAGAAACGCAUCUUGCAGGUGCGGUUGUUGGCGUGUCUCGGGAGGAACAGUCAAAAUUCGACGUGAAUAAUUUGUUCGCAAAGAUUGUGAUGCUAGAGACUGGAGAAGCUCUAGUGUUCAGUGCAAAUGGAGUAUUUGAUGUCUGUAAGAGUAGAACUGAGGACCAAACUUGCGAGAAUGACGGAGAUGGGACUAGAGCUGGCUAUGUCCUGGUGAAAUUGGGGCCGCGUUACAUCAGAUUGAGAAUGCGAGCGAGACUGUCUGCUGAUGGAGGCCGGAGCAUCCUUGCAAAAUAA